AUAGUAUUAUAGACCCACAGAAACGUAAACAAACUAGAGUCAACCGACAGUAGUCUAAGCUCGAUAAAUCAGUAUAUACGUAAAUUUAUGAGGCCAAAAAUCGAUGGAGUAGGUGUACUGUUUAACGAUAAAAUAAUAAAGUAUCCACAGCAUGUCGGGGAUAUUUCAAGGUGAAAUUGUCCGUGCUAGUAGCCAAGAUGACGAUUCGAUUAACGAGCAACCAGAAAAAACGGUCUCCUUCGUCGAGACCCCUAUAACAAGAGUAAAUACGCAUAAAGGCCUAAAAAGAAUAACCGAUGCCAUCGAACAGUGCGAAAAUAUGCAGGUGCUGGACCUGCGAGGGAUGAAGAUAAGCGUCGAUACGGCUGGGGGAAUAGCUGAGGCGCUCGAGAAGUCGGGGCGUCACUUGAAAAAUCUGCACUGGCCCGGCACUUUGAAAAAGCUCAAGGAAGACGAUCUGGACACGGCCAUGAUGCGGCUGAGCCACGGCAUCUGCCUGGCGGACGCCUACCUGACCGAGCUCGACUUCAGCGAGAACAACCUCGGGCCCAGGGGCAUGGAGGCCGUGUGCAAACUGCUCACCUCGACCUGCUGCUUGAAUCUGCGCGUCCUCAAGCUGAAUCAGAACCACCUGGGCGAGGACGGCGCCAAGUGUCUGGCCAAGGCCAUGCUGACCGACCCCAACGGCAAUAUGAACGGCUCCAUGAGUCUGCACGUGUUCGAGGCGGCACAAAACAAGUUCGACGACGAGAGCGUCGCCGAACUGGCCGAGGCGUUCAAGCGAAUGCGGAGCUUGGAGGAGCUGCGACUCGAGCGAAACAAGAUCGGCAACUUGGGGGUCGCGGCGCUCGCCCGCAGCUUGCUCGAGAAUCCCAAUUUGAAGAUUUUAAAUCUCAAUAACAACAAGAUCGGCUUGCAGGGUGCCAAGGCACUGGCCGAGGUCUUGCCGGAUCUCAAGCAGCUUCAAGUACUCAGACUCCUAGGUAAUACUUUGACCACUGCCGGCAGUGAUUUAAUUGGUCAAGCUCUCGGUCUUGAAUUGGAUACACUCAACAAUUGAGCCCCGUUAUUCAAGCAUUUUUGUUUUUUAUUUAUUUCGAUUUGCGCAUUAUGUUAGCAAUUAUAAUUUUUUUAAAUUA